AUGGAUUUCUUGGACGAGAUGCGAAGCGCUUACAGGACUGCGAUAAAAGGGAAAUGGAAGAAUCUGCCUCAAGAAAUAUUGAUCCACAAGGCGAAAAUCAUGUUUCCCAUGACAACCGGCGGAGACACGGCGAUGCAUCUCGCCGUGUACAGCAGAAAAGAAGAGCCGACGAAAUCUCUGCUGGCGGCGACCUCAGAGGUGGAGAGAGAGUUCUGGACGAAUAGUGCUGGAAAUACGCCGUUGCACGAAGCUGCCGCCGUCGGGAAUCUGGCUGCCGUCAAGCUUCUGGUGGAGUACAAAAAAGAGGAUCUGUUGGCGCAGAACAUUUACGGCGAAACGCCUCUGUUCAGAGCGGUCAGAUUCGGACACCUUCACAUCGUCGAGUACAUUCUGGAAGAUUGUGAAGAUUACUUUUCUCGAUCGCCGAUAAAUUGGACCAAGGAGAAGGAAUUUCCGAUCAUUCACGCGGCUAUUCAGAGCGAGAAAUUCGAUGUGGUUCUGAGACUGGUUGAUUUCGAUAAAUCGCUGUUGGAGAUGAAGGAUGAAGACGGCAAAACGGCUCUCUAUGUGCUCGCAAACAUGCCACUCAUUUUUCGAAGCGGAUCCUCCAUGGGAUCCUUGGAAAAAAUUAUCUAUGCGGUGCUCCCCAGUGAAGAUAUUUAUAAAUAUAAUUUUAAAACUUUUGGAUCUUCCAACAAAGAUGACUCUGAAAGCUCCGGUGCUUUGAACAACAAGAAGAAUGAAGAUUUAGAAGCACAACAUAAUCCUGAUUAUGGACUUAAUUUUUGCCGUUCAAAUUGUUGGAAAUAUUUUGUACACUUUUUGACGUGCUACUUCUGGAGAUUCAUCUUUCUAGGGUGGCCGCAAUGGAAACAACUGUACCGGAAAAAGCAGCACCACAAAUUGGCCGUAACCAUCACCAAGAUGCUUGCUGAGAUCGAUUAUUCAUGGCGCAACACCGAUUCGACGCCGGAGAUCAACGAAAUCGACUACGGAGCCCGUCGCGGAGAACGUAAACAGAUAGAAGAAGGAUCCCUCCUCAUCAACAAGAUCCAAACGGAGGAGGACGACAAAUCGAAAAG